GAUCUGCAGCUCUCCAUCUUAAUGGCAAACACCAACAAGACACUCAUGACAGAGUUUGUGCUGGAGGGGUUCUCAGAGCACCCUGAGCUAAGACUCUUCCUGCUUGCCUCCUUCCUGUCCCUCUACACUGUGGCACUGACAGGUAAUGCUGUGAUUAUCGCUUUGAUCAGCUUCACCACUGGCCUCCAUAGCCCCAUGUACUUCUUUCUCUGCAACUUGGCCACCAUGGAUAUUGUCUGCACCUCCUCUGUGAUGCCCAAGGCUCUGCUGGGCCUCGUGUCUGCAGAGAACACCAUUUCCUUCCAGGGCUGCAUGGCCCAGCUCUUCUUCCUUGUCUGGUCAGUAUCUUCUGAGCUGCUGCUGCUCACAGUCAUGGCCUAUGACCGCUACCUGGCCAUCUGCUUUCCUCUGCACUACAGCUCCAGGAUGAGCCCCAGCCUGUGUGGGGCCUUGGCCAUAGGUGUGUGGGGCCUUUGUGCCUUCAAUGCUUCGGUCAACACUGCUCUGAUGAUGCGGUUAUCAUUCUGUGGCCCCCGGGUGAUCACUCACUUUUUCUGUGAGAUCCCCCCUCUUCUAGUUCUGUCUUGUAGCCCCACAUAUGUGAACAGCAUCAUGACGCUUCUGGCUGAUGCCUUCUAUGGAUGUCUCAACUUAAUACUCACCCUGCUGUCCUAUGGCUACAUUGUGGCCAGCAUCUUACACAUGCGCUCAGCUGCAGGGAGGCGAAAGGCUUUCUCUACCUGUUCCUCUCAUCUCCUUGUGGUUUUGGUGUUUUAUUCAUCUGUGUUCUGUGCUUACAUCAGUCCUGCCUCCAGUUAUAGCCCACAGAGAAAUAAAACAUCUGGAGUGUUGUACACUGCAUUGAGCCCUGCCCUGAACCCCCUCAUCUACACUCUCAGGAACCAAGAGGUGAGGCGCGCACUUAGGAGACUGUUGCAUUUCUCCAGACAUCAGUUGUAA